UCUCGCCAUUAGCGCGUUCAGGAAGGCUGUCAGGAGAGUGAGCAGAGAGGACCGGCUCUAGCAAAAAUGGCAGUCUCGGCGCAGGUGGUGCGGUCGCGCUUUGGCAUGUGGGGCGUAAAGGCCGUACAAGCCCGCGGCUUCGCCUCGGAUCAGCCCAGCAAUGUCGACAGGAGCGCGGGCUCGAUCCGGGAAGCUGGUGGGGCGUUCGGAAAGAAAGAGCAGGCGGAAGAGGAACGAUAUUUCCGGGCGCAGGCUAAAGAACAACUGGCAGCCUUGAAAAAACACCAUGAAGAUGAGAUCGGUCAUCAUAAGAGGGAGAUUGAGCGUCUACAGAAAGAAAUUGAGCGACAUAAGCAGAAGAUCAAAAAGCUAAACCAUGAUGAUUAAGUGCACAGAAUUCCCCAUAGAACGGCACAUACCAGUGCCUAUUUCUAUGUAAACAUAGUUCUGGUUUAAUUAAUAUUUGUCUGUGUGCUACUAACAGAUAAUAAACUGUCACCAGUGAACUGUA